CACCCAAGGUCUGCGAUGCCUGCAAAAACAAAAAUGAAGAUGAUAAUGACAUCGUGGAAAACCUCUGCAAAAAUGAUUUUGCCUUGAAGAUAAAAGUGAAGGAGAUUGCCUACAUCAAUGGGGAUACCAAAAUCACCCCUGAAACAAAGAGCAAAACCAUCUACAAGCUGAAUGGGCUGACAGAAAGGGAUCUGAGGAAGAUCGUGCUCUGGCUCAAAGGUGGCCUCCAGUGUACCUGCGAUGAGAUGAAUGACAUCAACGUUCCCUACUUGGUGAUGGGGCAGAAGCAAGCUGGGGAACUGGUGAUCACCUCGCUGAAGCGGUGGCAGAAAGGGCAGCGGGCUUUCAAGCGGUUCUCCCGCAGCAUCCGCAAACUGCAGUGUUAGUGGCUUCGGCUCUGGCUGCCUCCAACAGCCACCUCUGUCCCGAGCUCUGCGGGCCUCCUGCACCUUCUUGCUUUGGCCCCUCUGAGCAUCGAGAUGCCAUGGGCAUGAGGCACGGUGUCUGCUCUCCAAGAGGGGAGGGAGCCCUCCGUUUCUGUACAUAGGUUAAAGUGUAAUAAAAAAAAAAAAUCAUGAUUAUUUUUUGGAAGUAUUAAAGUAUCCUGCUUAAAGCUUUUUUUUUUUUUUUUUUUUUUAUGGUUGCAAAUGUGACUUUGGUCUGAGGUUUUUCCCUCUUCAUUUUGGUAAUGCUGGUUCAUUUAUAUUGCUGCUUCUCUGUAUACAUGCAUGUUUGUUGUGCAAAAGUAGGAGAUGCAGAGAAAGACAGCCACGCGUGCGACUGGCCUGUCACAGUGGGUAUGACUCUUUCACCGAGGUGAAAUGGCUUGCCAUCUAUAUUAACACUAUAAAAAUCAUGUUACGACUCUUGUAUGUGAUACAUAGGCACCAGUAAGAGUAUAUUAACCAUUCUCACAUUUUAUUUUCCACAAGUCUGAGCCCUUCUCUCUCAGAAAAAAAGAACAAGUUGAUCUGAAUGCAACUUUUUUUUUUAAUUAUGUUGAAAAUUAAACCAUCUCUAGCCUAACUGUAAUAUACCUAGUGAUUAACCUGAAAGAGUUGUAAAAUAUUGCUUUAAUUAACCUUGUAAAUACUCCAGAUAAAUGUUAUAUUCUUGUAUAUAAACUUUACAUCAUAGUUUA